AUGGCAGCACGCGGGCAGAGCGGCCAAGGCAGCGCCACAGAGCGCCUGCAGGAAUUGAAACUCGCCUUUCCCUGCCGGGAGCAGGCCAUCGACCUGCUGGCUGCCGAGUUGAUGCGCAGGGACCGCCCGGGCGCCGCGGGCACCUGCCGCCUGGUCUACGGCCAGCACGCCACCGGCAAGACGGCGGUGGUCAGAGGCCUGCUGAGCGCGCUGCGCCUGCGCCACGCCUACGUCAACUGCCACGAGAGCAGCCGCGUGCGCCCGCUGCUCUCCUCCCUGCUGCACCAGCUCAAGGGCGGCAAGCGGCAGCGAGACGAUGCCUACGAGUGCGGCGCCAAGUGCGACAGCCUGGCCGACUUCCGCCUGCAGCUGCCGGGCGUGGUGGGGCAGCGGCGCGGCCCCUGCUGGCUGGUGCUGGACAACGCGCAGCGGCUGGCGGGCAGCGAGCUGCUGGCGGGGGUGAUGCGUGUGCGGGAGGACACGGGGGCGCAGAUCCUGGAGCGGCGGCAGCGCGCGGCGGGCGUGUGCGAGGGCGAGGCUCCCGCCUACCGCCAGUUCCUCACCGCCUUUGUGCCCACCUUCUGCCGCAUCUCCAACAACCUGCUGGACCUGCAGGCGGCUGCCGCCCAGCUGUUCCCGCUCUACGUGCAGCCGCUGCGGGAGGGGCGCCAGAUGCAGUCGCGCCAGCUGCACGCCCGCAUCAGCGGCGAGGUGCACCAGCGCCUGCAGGUUCUGGCGCUGCAGCAGCAGCAUGCGGGCGCAGGCGCCGCCGCGGGCCUGCAGCCGGCGGCGGCAGCGGACGACGGCGGCGACGCGGCGGCCGCGGACCAGCGCACCGCCGCCGGGCGCAAGGCCUCCUGCUGCGGCCUGUCCUUUGAGCUGCCCUACGUCUCCAAGUUCCUGCUCCUGGCCGCGCACGUGGCCUCCCGCAACAAGCCCACCAGCGACCGAGCCGUGUUUGACCCCACGUACCGCAAGCGGGGCCGCAAGGACGCGCAGGCGCACGACCGCCAGGUGGAGGCUGCCGUUGAGGCCAAGCUGCGGGGCCCUCACACCUUCCCCCUGGAGCGCCUGCUGCACAUCUUCUACGUGCUGUACGCCCACCACGACGCCGAGGAUGAGGAGGAGGGGGCGGAGGGGCGGCUGGAGGUCCCGCAGUCGCAGCGGGUGAUGCAGCAGGCGGAGGUGCUGCAGCAGGUGUCCAGCCUGGUGGCGCUGCGCCUGCUGGAGCAGUGCGGCGGGGAUGUGCUGGAGGGGCAGCUGUACCGGUGCAACCUGGGGGAGGCGGCCGCGGCGGCGCUGGGGGCCAACGUGCGCCUGCGCCUCACAGACUACCUGCGCCUGGGAUGA